UUUCGAAUGAUUGGAAAACCAAAAACAACACUCGGCGCAGUAGAUGAUGGUGGUUUGUCUUCAAGAAUUUGACUUUUUGACGUAAAUUAUUCGUGUGGUAAAUAUGGCUGACGAACUCAAUGUUGACAGUCUAAUUCACAGGCUUUUAGAAGUAUACAGACUGCAGCAGGAAACCGCAAGGAGAAAAGGGAAAUUGAAAGACAUCUUUUCAGGAGAAUUUCGAGGAUGCAGGCCCGGCAAGACAGUGCAGAUGUCAGAGUCAGAGGUCCGCGGCCUCUGCACCAAAUCCAGGGAAAUAUUCCUGCAACAGCCCAUAUUAUUGGAAUUAGAGGCACCACUUAAAAUUUGUGUAGACACGAGCAAACCUCCACCACCUUUGCCCGCUUCCAUCAAGGCGCCUAAUAGUGUAAAAAGAACUGCGUCGGAACCAUUAGCUGGACCAUCUAAAGUGAGAAAAAUUACGCCCAACUGUACUGGCUGUGCCCAGUGGAAAGUGAAAAGCACCAUAUUAAACGAAGAUAUCCAGACAUUGGCUGCUACUGAAAAAUCAAAAAACAAUAUUGUAAAACAAUUCAAGAAGCAUUUGGAUGAACUAACAAAUGUAUUGGAAACAUUCAACUCGUUAAACCUGCUGGAAAUGGACCUAGAGAUUGAGAAAGAAUUACCGAAUUCUUUCGCAAGUUUUCCUAAUGACGACAUAUUGGUAAAUAUUUUGAAAGCGUUGUCUCAGCCGAGUUUGCUCUCGACGAAUGAUAAGAGAAACUUGAAAAAUAUUUUUAAAACGUGGCAGUCGAAGGAAAAUGGGUUUAGUUUUCCGCCGGCUAAAAGUGGGCUUGCGGACCCCAGUAGGACGGAGAGCGUGGCGGGUCCGUCGACAUCAUUCGUGACAUCAUUGCCGCACGCGCGACUACCCUCAGUCUUGCCUCUGCCACCACCUCCGCCUCCGCUUACGCAGCUGCCGCCGCCGCCGCCACCACCGCCACCACCGCCGCCCCCACCCCUUACGGCUUCCGUUAUCGCCCCUCUACCGCCCACUGGCACCUUCAUUCAGCCUCCACCGCCGCCUCCCACGUCUCUUGAUGUCGCUGUUCCAUCGCCCGCCACCGCCUUCACUCAGGCUCCACCGUCAGCUGUAUACCCGGGCUGGCCGCCUGUCGCGCCGCCACACUACAACUACAUGCCACAACCAAAUUUUCCCAAUUACAAUUGGUGGUAGGGAGACAAUUCAAUACCGAACAGGACGUAUUACAGUGAACCGGCUGCGCAGUUAGCCGUGCCUACCACCUCUACGGACUUAUAAUCAACAUCACAAAAUAUCACAUAUUACCAUAAUAGACAGUUUUAGUGAAAUAGUGUGGAGUUUGUAAAUAAUUUACAUGAGGUAUGUAGACACCAGUCAGGUGCUGUGCGAAAUAUAAUAGUUUUAAAAGUAACCUGUACAUUAUCACUAUACAUUUAACAAGAAAAAUGUUCUGUACGCUUUUAAAAAAAGGAAAUUUAAUUUAUACGGUAUUAUGUGUCUAUUUUUAAAUCUAAUAAUUUUAAAAUACUUAUUAUAAUAUUAAUACUUCAGUAUAAAGUAUAUCAUGCUGUAUCAUUAUGUAUUGUAAAACCUUAUGUCCUUAAAUAGUUCCUAGCUUUAUAAGCUAAGAGAUAAGAUCCCGGAAUAUAACUUGUCAAUAUCAUACCCCAGAGACUUCAUUCAAAAAAUACCAAGAUCUGUGAUUGUCAUAACUACAGAAACACGUAACGUAUGUACAUGUGACAGUGUGUGCGUUUGUACUUUGUUAGUGCUUGAAUAAGCGCGCGCUUUAAUGUAUAAUGUAGACUUACAUUAUAUAGGUAGAUAAAGCCUCGAAUCUUAAAAACGGUUUAACUUUUUGUCAGUCAUUUGUAAAAUCAGCUGACUUGUUUUUUUUUUAUUUGUAUUUUGUAUACUUACGUGCACAACAUAUCUUGACAUAUCAAUAUUUAAUUAUUUAAUAAAUAAAAUGAGUUUUUGCGUAUUAAAAAGGAGCAAAAAUUAUAAAACAAAAAUAAAUCAAAUGAAAUUAAAACUUUUAACCAUAAAUAUAAAUUUAAAUGCUCACGUUAUUUUAAUAAAAAAACUGCAUAAUUUUUUUUUUUGUGUUGCAAGUUUUUGAAAAUACGAGGAUGGUCUGAAAAGAUUCCGACCUAACAAUGAUACAUUUUUUUUUUCUUAAAUUUUUUAUUUAUUUUUCUCCGUAGUCUCCUUGUAACACAUUACGCUACGCUGGGAGCAGCGAUGUUCUCAUCUCUAAUUCGUUGAAAUAGCACUCGGCGCAGUUUUUAGAUGAGGGAACAAAAAGAAGAAGCCUGGGGCCAGAUCUGGAGAGUAGGUAAGGCAGAUGGUAAUUGGUGGAUUUUUGCCACGGCAAGCGGUGAGGUGUUAGACUACGCGUUGUCUUGGUGAAACAGGAUUUUCUUUUUCUGCAAAUGUGUCCGUUUUUCCGCAAUUUCUGCCUUCAGCUUGUCCAGUAAAGAUGCGUAGUAUUCUCCUGUAAUGGUUUUUCCUUUUUGAAGAUAAUUAAUUAAGAGAACUCCAUGGCUAUCCCAAAAAACAAUCGACAUCACUUUCCCAGCCGGAAAAAACAGUUUUUGCUUUUUUAGAGCCGGUUCCCCCUUUGAAGUCCACUGUUUUGACUGUACUUUUGUUUUGGACGUAUAAUGAUGUAUCCAAGUUUUAUGUACAUAUUUAAUAAUCGGCGCCAAAACUUGAAUUUAUUGCGCUAACAAAGCGUUGGAAAUGUUCAUUCGAACACGUUUUUGGUCUAGACGCGGCACCCAACGCCCGGACAGUUUUCUCAUGUUUAAAUCUUGAUUUAAUAUGUGACAUACACGUUAUUUGGACAUUUUCAUUACCUCUGCUAUCUCUCUCUCACUCCAAUUCAGCGGUUGUCUAACACUAUUUAGUGAACUUUAGCAAUGUUAUCGUCAGUAGUUCCAAUUUUUGGACGUCCCGAACGUACAGCAACAAAAUUUCACUGUGGUAAAUGAUGGUGCAGAGUUCCCAUACACCGAGUCCAUCUUAUCUUUGAUUUGCGUAGGCGUAUUACUUUUUCAAAAACAAAAAUUUAAUAACAGGUCGGUACUCAAUUUUUUCCAUUCCAAAAAUCGUCUCACUCAACUGAAAACUGCGCGUCCAAAAUGGCCAAAACUUUGGUGAGUAACUGUCAAAAUAUGCAUACCUACGUUCACCAGCUUUUAUUACGAGUGCCGACAUCUUUGGCGUAAGGUCGGAAAUUUUUCAGACUACCCUCGUAUUCCCUAUAAAUGGAUUAAAAUUGUCGAUAUGAGGUGUUUUUUUUUAUUGAAUUAUUUUUAAUUGUUGUAUUCUGUGCUAUUUUCUUGCAUAAUAUAUAUAUAGGAUAUUUAUAUUGCUAUGUACAUAGAGAUAUUAUUGAGUAUUAUGCAAACUAUUUAAAGUGCAUUGUUAUGACACAAUUAUUUCAAUUAUUAACAAAAUAGUCAUUAUUCUCAAGUGACUUCAAAAUGGAGAUUUUAAAUUAGACUAUAUACGUAUAUUAUAUCCAAAGGAUCUGUGUUAUAUGAUCUAUUCCUUUUAAAAUCAAAAUCUGAAGUUCCGUGUACAUUUAUAGUAUAGAUAUCGGUACGAAUUAAUCAAAAUGAUCUUCAUUUUUAUUUAAAGUGGUAAAAGUAUUUAUAUUAAGGAUUAAGAAACAAUAGCAUUAAGAACAAAAUAGUAUUAAGAAUUUAAACUUAAGGUAAAAUACAAUUCAGUUUUUACAUUAAGUCAAUUGUAAUUAAUUAACUCAUAUUUCCAUUCCCAUGCGUAAGUAAAAAUAAAAAAAAUAUAUAUAUAAUAUACGGGAUAUACCCGUAUAAAAUUAAAAUGAGAAGAUUUUGAGAUAUUCUUAUUUAAAGAAAUCGGUUAAGUAAAAAUUAAUUCAAAAUUCAAUUUCUCGCCUAUAACCCUGUGUACCUAUGAUAAAGUUCUUUUUUUCCUUAUACCGUAGUAAUCAUCUAUCUGAGAUUGAGUAUACAUACAUACAUAGAUCCACAAAUACCGAUUUUCAACUUUCACAAUUUUAAUAAUUUUUAAAUCAAUAUGAAAGAAUUACAAAGUUCUAUAUGUCGCAUUCUUAUUCUUUAUGUACGCAUUAUUAUUAAUAAAUAAAUAAUAUAAUUUAUUGUAUAAAUGAAAUUAAAUGUAAUAAAGGAUUAUUUAAUCGACGACCUUGCCUAUUUACCUUAAUCUAAAGUAAUAAUUUCUAGUCUGGUAGCCCAGUCACGAACACAAUUGUAAGUGUUGAGAUGGUUGGAUGGAAAAAUAGACGAUAAAUUUUAAUAUUUCUUAUAUUUUAUUUUAUUAUAUAUGCUAGACAUGUAACGCAAGUGACAGAGGAAAUCAGAGAACGAAAUACAAUAUGGCGUGCGCCGAGUUAUUCUCAGAGCGAUAAUAGAUGGCGCUACGUGUCUCCUUU